AGCGCGCGGAACAGAGGCGCGGGCAGCUGCGAGGCCGGCGGACGCACCGGCCCGGGGGAGCGCGCCUCCGGCCGGACUUGGCCUCGCUCCCGGAGCCGGGCGGCGGUGGCGGCGGCGCCGCCUGGCUGGAGGCGCGGGGCCCGCCCGAGCGGCGGCGGCGGCGGCGAUCGGGGCGGCGCGAUCGGGGCGGCGGCGGGGAGCGGGCUCCGGGCGCCGGGCAUCGGGCGGGCGCCGGGGCGCGGCGCGGCGGGGAAGAUGACCGCGAGCUCCGGCUUGCUCCUCGUGCUGCUCUCGCUCUCCGGCGCGCUCCGGGCCCACAAUGGGGAUCUUACAGCCAGGGAGACCUGCAAGGCUGGAUUCUCUGAAGAAGAUUACACAGCAUUAAUCUCCCAGAAUAUUCUGGAAGGAGAGAAGGUCCUCAAAGUCAAGUUCAGCAGCUGCCUGGGGACCAAGGGGACGCACUAUGAGACCGACAGCAUGGACUUCAAAGUCGGGGCCGACGGGACGGUCUUCGCCACCCGGGAGCUGCAGAUCCCCUCCGAGCAGGUGGCCUUCACCGUGACCGCGUGGGACCGCCAGACGGCCGAGCGCUGGGACGCCGCCGUGCGCCUGCUGGUGGCCCGGACCUCGGCCGCUCACUCGGGCCGCAAGAGAGGAAAGAAGAGCACAGCCCUGGACCCCGUCCAGCCUCCAAACGACGUGCUGUUGCCAUGGCCGCAGCGUCAGAGCUCCAAUGGGCUGAGGCGGCAGAAACGGGACUGGGUCAUCCCGCCCAUCAACGUGCCAGAAAACUCGCGCGGGCCCUUCCCGCAGCAGCUGGUGAGGAUCCGGUCCGACAAGGACAACGACAUUCCCAUCCGGUACAGCGUCACGGGCGUGGGCGCCGACCAGCCCCCCAUGGAGGUCUUCAGCAUCGACUCCAUGUCCGGGAGGAUGUACGUCACGCGGCCCAUGGACCGGGAGGAGCGCGCCUCCUACCAUCUCCGAGCCCACGCCGUGGACAUGAACGGCAACAAGGUGGAGAACCCCAUCGACCUGUACAUCUACGUCAUCGACAUGAACGACAACCGCCCCGAGUUCUUCAACCAGGUGUACAACGGCUCCGUGGACGAAGGCUCCAAGCCAGGCACCUACGUGAUGACCGUCACGGCCAACGACGCCGACGACAGCACCACAGCCAACGGGAUGGUGCGCUACCGGAUCCUGACCCAGAGCCCGCAGAGCCCCUCCCAGAACAUGUUCACCAUCAACAGUGAGACGGGGGACAUCGUGACGGUGGCGGCCGGCCUGGACCGAGAGAAAGUUCAGCAGUACACAGUCAUCGUUCAGGCCACAGACAUGGAAGGAAACCUGAACUACGGCCUCUCGAACACGGCCACGGCCAUCAUCACGGUGACAGAUGUAAACGACAACCCGCCAGAGUUCACGGCCAGCACAUACGCGGGGGAGGUCCCCGAAGGCCGGGUGGAGACGGUGGUCGCGAACCUCACUGUGAUGGACCGAGAUCAGCCCCACUCCCCAAACUGGAACGCCGUCUACCGCGUCAUCAGCGGGGACCCCUCGGGCCACUUCAGCAUCCGCACGGACCCCGUCACCAACGAGGGCAUGGUCACCGUGGUGAAGGCAGUCGACUACGAGCUGAACAGAGCAUUCAUGCUGACAGUGAUGGUGUCCAACCAGGCGCCCCUGGCCAGCGGGAUCCAGAUGUCCUUCCAGUCCACGGCGGGGGUGACCAUCUCGGUCAUGGACAUCAACGAGGCCCCUUACUUCCCCUCGAACCACAAGCUGAUCCGCCUGGAGGAGGGUGUGCCCACCGGAACCGUGCUGACCACGUUUUCGGCCGUGGACCCCGACCGGUUCAUGCAGCAGGCCGUGAGAUACUCAAAGCUGUCGGACCCAGCAAACUGGCUGCACAUUAACGCCACCAACGGCCAGAUCAGCACGGCGGCCGUCCUCGACCGCGAGUCUCUCUACAUCAAAAACCACGUCUACGAGGCUACCUUCCUGGCGGCGGACAACGGGAUCCCUCCGGCCAGCGGCACCGGGACCCUCCAGAUCUAUCUCAUCGACAUCAAUGACAACGCACCCGAGCUGCUGCCCAAGGAAGCACAGAUCUGCGAGAAGCCCGGCCUGAACGCCAUCAACAUCACGGCAGCCGACGCCGACGUGGACCCCAACAUUGGCCCCUACGUCUUCGAGCUGCCCUUCGUCCCGGCGAGCGUGCGGAAGAACUGGACCAUCUCCCGCCUCAAUGGUGACUACGCCCAGCUCAGCCUGCGCCUCCUGUACCUGGAGGCCGGGGUGUACGACGUCCCCAUCAUCGUCACGGACUCCGGGAACCCGCCCCUGUCCAACACGUCCGUCAUCAAGGUCAAGGUGUGCCCGUGCGACGAGAACGGCGACUGCACCACGGUGGGCGCAGUGGCGGCGGCCGGGCUGGGCACGGGCGCCAUCGUGGCCAUCCUCCUCUGCAUCGUCAUCCUGCUCACCAUGGUCCUGCUGUUCGUCGUGUGGGUGAAGCGUCGGGAGAAGGAGCGCCACACCAAGCAGCUGCUCAUCGACCCCGAGGACGACGUGCGCGACAACAUCCUCAAGUACGACGAGGAAGGGGGCGGCGAGGAGGACCAGGACUACGACCUCAGCCAGCUGCAGCAGCCGGAGGCCGUGGAGCACGUGCUGAGCAAGGCCCCCGGCGUGCGGCGCGUGGACGAGCGGCCGGUGGGCGCCGAGCCCCAGUACCCGGUCAGGCCUGUGGUGCCCCACCCGGGAGACAUCGGCGACUUCAUCAAUGAGGGUCUCCGCGCGGCCGACAACGACCCCACGGCGCCGCCCUACGACUCACUGCUGGUCUUCGACUACGAGGGCAGCGGCUCCACCGCAGGCUCCGUCAGCUCCCUCAACUCGUCCAGCUCUGGGGACCAGGACUACGGCUACCUGAACGACUGGGGGCCCAGGUUCAAGAAGCUGGCGGACAUGUACGGAGGCGGCGAGGAGGACUAACCGGUGCGGACGGACGGACAGACGGACGGGAGGGAGGCACAGGACUGGAGGAGGCAGCGGGCCUUCCCGACUCCCUGCGGCCGUGUCGCUUGGUGUAUGAGGGGCGCCUGGCUCCGCCGCCCCAUUGAGCUGUCUGGCAUGGACUCUUGUCGACCCUCAGCCGUGCCCAGCACGGUAGCUGACUCGGCACUAAGGAGAGCGAGAGGCACUGUCUUAACUUGAAUUUCUUAGGACAGAAGCACUGUUGAAAAAAAAAAUGAAAGUGCCUUUUGGUACACGUAUCAGAUUCCCUCAAACUCAGGAGCGACUAGAAGUAAGCAGACAGACCACGUCCCCUACCCGGUCCUGAGCCCCCAACCCUAGCUCGUCCCAGCUCGGAAGGCACUAAUUAAGAAAUUGGGGAGAAGGUAUCCUUUUUUUCCAUCUUUUAUCAAGAAAAAAAAAGUGGGUGACUUGCUUGACAAAAUUGACAAAAAAAAAAAAAACUUGGGGUCCAAGCCCUUCUGAAUCCUCAUGCUUUGCUGUACACAGCCAGGGUCUCCUGGGCCCCUUGGGGGUCCCCUAGGCAGGUGGGAGGCCGGAGACCCCACCUUCAGCUCCCCAGCAGCGAGUCCCCCUGGGGCGGGCUGAGCGCCUGGACCGAAGGCCCACGGUGCCGUCUGGCUUUCGCAGAGUCAUCUCCUGCCCCAGCUCCCAGAUGCUGGAAAUGGCUGUUGGGGGAGGGUGCCCGGGGCUGUCCCUGACGCUCCCCAUCUCUGCCCUUGGCCAUCCCCAGGGCGCCCUAGUCAACCAUUAGGCUUCCCCUGGGACCCACUGUGACCCUGAACGCCACCCAGGUCCCCACUGCCUUUGAUUCAAGAGAGUACAGUGUCCCAAGAAACCACAACCAAAACCAGCCAGCAUCUCACCAAACCCAGGCAUGAGCCCUCCACCCCUCUCGAUCAGACUCCCGAGGGACUGCAUCAAAGGCCCGGCGAACACUUACCAGUCCAAACCCCCAGUGGCUCUGGACACCUCUGGCCACCGGCAGGUCUGUGCAGACUACAGGGAGAGCCGAUUCUCACCUGGGUUCCAGGGGGCUGGAAACGACCAGAGGGAGACUCCGGCAGUCUCCUCCCCUGCCCUGCUCCUCUGGACCGGAGUUUCUGAUGCUUGUGAGCUGACGUGGAUGGCAAGGGUCUGCUCCAAAUGCCGGGAUGGCCCCAUCAUCGACGUGCCAUCUGUCCCGCAAAUGCGUCUGGACCACGCCCGCCAGAAACAGUCUCCUGUCCUUUGGACCCACGUCAGCACCAGCAGCUACUGGGCCAGUCAGUUAGCUGCUCAAGCUCUCAGAGCUGGAGGCGCCCUCUUGAGGGGCAGCCAGACUCCAGAGUCAGUUCUGCAGGACAGCGAAAGGGGCUGUGUCCCCGCUGCUGUGUUUGUCUGCUGGGUGAGAAAAGGCCCCGGGGCAACUCUUCCCCAGGUGUCUCCCAGUGACAGCCAUUCUGGGUUCAAAGGCGUCUCCUGGGGGAAUCCUUGUCUGCUCUCAGCUCUUGGGCUCCCCAGGAAAGGGGCCUAAGGUCCCACUGGCCUGGGCAGGCCUGGGCACACCUGCUCCUGGGGUCGGGGAGGCCUCCAGAGGGCCUGGGGCAGGGCGCACAUGCUCCCAUGCUCUCCACGGGGGUCUCUGGUCCAGCCCACACCGUAUCCCAGUGCCAUGCUUCAGCCUCAAAGAUGAACCUGCGUGUUCACGUGUAUAUGCCGCGCGCGUGGGUGUGUCCCCGCUGGACAUCAGGGUUCUUCCCCAAACCAAACUCAUCACGGACUCUGUCCAGUCUCCCGGAGCGGAGCUGGGGAGACGGGCUCGGGCUUGUGGCCUGAGGGAGGCCCGUGCUGGGCUCCGUCCAUCCCGACCCUGUCCGUGACUGCCGGGGAGGGACGGGUGGACAGGCAGAUGGAGGCGGCGGGCGCCCACGCACCCAGGCAGACAGAUGUGUGGGGGCCUGCAGAGGGGAGAGGACGCCCCCCUCUGAAGCCGUGCUAUGCAAAUCACGCAGGGUCAGGCAGCCAACCAGGACUGUCCUGGCAUCUGGGGGCAUGGCCAUUCAGGAUUGCUGGUGGUGUCAGGGUUGGUGAGAUGUAAGCUAGAAUCUUCUGUUUUUGUUUGAUUUUGGAAAGUUCAUCCUCCAGUUGACGUUCUAAGUGUGGAUGUGGUGGGGGGCCCGGACAGCUGUGGGCCCUCUUCACUGGGCUCCUGAGGCCUCCUCGGUGCCCAGGCUCUGGGCUCGGCCUAGCGUAGUUGUGCCAGCCCCCCGCCCGGGACUGGGCAUCCGGCACACCAGCCCACGGGCCCCUGGGGCACCCGGCACCCCGCCUGCCUCGGCCCAGGAGAGCCGGACACAGCCAUCCGUCUCACCGCCUCCCUUCCCCCUCACCUCUCAUCCCUGCCAGGCCCCCUGCAUUUUGCCUACAUCACAGGGCAGCCGGCUGGGGGCAUGCCAACAGAGGGGGGCUUCUCAUGCCCAUCCCUGCUUCCAGGCAGCUGGAGAGCUGCCCCUGGAGGCUCCCACCCCCUCCCAGAUGCAUCCUGGAACUCCUUCCCAACCAACAAGUUAGCGUUAGCUAAACACACAAUCAGUGUCAAAUGUCUCUCUUCCGUAGCUUGUAGAAGCGGCGGGUCUGAUCAGGGGACACGGCCAGGGGAGGCCUGGACUCGGCGCUGGCGAAGUGCUAGGGCAGGUUCAGUGCUUGUAGCGAAUUUUUGUUCUUGUGAACAGGAGACACGUGCAAGAACACCCUGGCCUCGGGCAACGGGCACCCCCAGCCCGGGGCCCCCGUGCCUGUCAGGCCUCAGCACCCCUACUCCUGGCCCAGCGGGCCUUCCCUUUCCUGUGUCUUUCAGAACAUCCCAGGUGCCAGGCCUCCCACCACCCAAGUGUCAGGGUACCGGCCAGUCGUCAGGCCUCCGAGACGCGCCGGCUUCCCUGCUGCGAGCACCUUCAACACACACAGGCCUUUGAGAUGACAACUCUGUUCUCUCCAAGGGAAAAGUCAGGGAGGGGAGUCUCGAUUUUUGCCAAGGCUAAAAGGAAUAACACCAAAAAAGCAAACACCAUCUCCCACACCAGAGCAUCCUGUGAAACGGCUCUGCGACGUGGUGUACAUAAGACAGGCCCCACGCGAAGGGGAGAUCCCGUGGGGGAACCACCUCUGUGUAUAAUUGGAACGCGUUUCACUUUUCCUUUCUCUCCUUUUCCCAUUCUGAUUUUUUUUUUUUUUUUUGCAUGUUUCUUUUUGAAAACGGACAAAAUGUGUAGCAGCCCGCAUGACUGUGGUUGUUCUGGGGAAAGAUACUGGAGUAUGACGUAUUCACACUGCAACUCUGAGCAUCGCGCAGUUAGACAAACGUUCCAACUUUUUUUGUAAUCGUCAACAGCACAACUAUUUUGUAUUGUUGUUUGUAUCAUUUUGUACCAAAAAAAAAAAAAAAAAAAGG